AUGCCUGGUGUUCGUGCAGAACCAAAAUACCUUCGCGAUCCUACUUCUCUUGAAACUUUAUCAUCUGGUUUAUCUCGGUUAUCAUCCUACGUAACAUCAAACCUUCCAAAGAUAAAGACCAGCACUUACCCACCUUAUAUUCCACCUCAAGAUCCGCAGCUCUUAUACUAUCAGCAACAACUAUUACAACAGCAACGUUUAACCGCAGCACAACCUUCUUCAGGCUCUAAUACAUCAACUAGUAAUUCAGAUUCUACUCAACAUGACGGUGCAGAAAACAUUACAAUUGCUAGUUUCGAAAAGAUAGAUACCUUAUCGUCAGGAACAUUAUCUUGUUUAUUACUUGGAUAUGACCACGGCUUUCAACUAUGGGAUGUAUCUCAACCUGAUAAUGUCCAUGAAAUUGCUUCUAUUCGAAACGAUAUUCUUGGUUCGGUCAUCAAAAUGCGUGUGCUUUCAAAUCCUGCUCCUUCCUCUUCAAUUCGUUCUUCAUCAUCAUCCAACAAAAAAUACUCCACCAGCCUUCAUUUAUAUUCUUUGAAAACACAUGAAUUCAUUCCAACUCCUCAACUCAACAUACAGGAUGACAUGGUAUUUACUGAUAUCAAGAGUAAUGGCAAGGCGAUCGCUUUGGGAUGUAAAAGUCAACAAUCUGCGGCUAUUUAUCUGUUUUCCUCUUACGAUUUGUCUCAAAUGUAUACUCCACUUACAGAUGUUUACAACCACCGAGAUGGACCAGUCUUCACUAUGGGAUCACGUUUCAUCGCUUAUGCAACAACAUUACCAGUACUCAACAAUGAUACUUCUCAACUACGUAGUUCUGAAAAGGAUGUAAAAGGUGCUGCCAAAGAUAUUGCAAAAGAAAUGGUGAAUGGUGUCAAAACGCUUGGUGAAUUUGGUUAUCAUCGAUUGUCUAACUAUUUCUCACCACAACAGCAACAACCUACAACUUCUACUACUACUACUACUGCCUCACCAUCUCAUCCUAUCGUUGGUCCUACUGUGCCUUCCUCUGUCUCCACAAAUACAUCAACGUCAUCGCCAGUUGGUAUGGUGAUUAUCCGGGAUAUCACCAAAUUACCAAAAAAUGCAUCAUCCAGUAUCCUGUCGCUUUCCACUGUCGCUCACUUCAAACCGCAUAUGCACCCUGUGGCCAUUUUGGCAUUUAAUGCUGCUGGAAAUCUGCUAAUGUCUAUUUCGAAACAAGGUCAUACUUUCCAUAUCUUCUCCUUGUAUCCAACUGACAAACAUCUUGGUAAUGCGGCUCAUCUGUACAACUUAUCUCGAGGAUAUACUGAUGCUCAAGUGGAAGAUUGUCAAUUUUCUAUUGAUUCUACUUGGUGUGCAGUCACUACAGCUCGGGGAACAACUCAUAUGUAUACUAUCAAUCCUUAUGGUGGCAAACCUGAAAUUAAUAGUCAUGUCAACGGGAAGAUCAACAAUUUGGCCGAUCUCCCUUUUACAGUGAAACGAACAUCAAACGUAACAUCACUUGGGCCAGCUGUACGUGUUAAACAACGACGACCUAUGCCAGCAGAUCCCAUAGCUGAUGAUUUAGAUACCAAUACAAAUAUAGCAUCCAACAAUAGUUUAUAUCCACAAUCUCUCCAACCUCAUUCAACGAGCAUUAACCAAUCAUCCGAUCAUGAUGGUGUCACUAGACUAUUACAACAACCAACUGCAAGCUCGUCUCCAUCUCAUUCUGUUUCCCCAAGCACAUCAACGGCGACAACAUCCUUAGCAUCUAUCCGAAAUCAAGCUUCAACUAUCGUAUCACAAGUCUCUUCUUAUUUACCCAGUACACAACGCGCCGGCAACGUUGGAGGAGAUUGGACAUCAUCAUGGGCAAAAGAUAAGACGAAUGAAAAUCGAAUGUUUGGUUUUGAUGAAGAAGAAUCCUCUCUAGAUAAUGAUGAUCUGGCGACCAAAAUGACCAAUGACAAUACUGGCUAUCAAGAUGUUUACUCAUUCCAUCCUCAAGGCAUUCUCACUCUUCAUAGACUUUGGAUCACGAAAAAUAUGGUUCGAAAAAAGGUACAUGGGCGAACAGUUGGUAAAUGGGAUUUGUCCGUUAAAGAAGAAGAUAUUGCAGAAUGGCAAAUAGCUCGAAAUCAAGAUUGGGCUCCUCAAGUUGGCGGUGAUGAUGACAAUAUGAGUGAAGAUAUUAUCGACCGUCGACAAUCACAACAACAACAUCAACAACGUCAUAUCAAUCAGUGGUUGAGUCAUGCAGAAAUCAUGACAUAUCCUACUUAUCCUAGCAACCGAGCUUCAAAUAACAACAAUUCACAUGAAUCACCAUUAUGGACCAAUCCUCAAUUUUCCUUCCAAGUUUAUACCGAUGAAAAAACUAAUGGUGCAACGAUACGACAUUUGCUUUCCAAAGGUAUUGUCCCACCUACACAAACUGUCGCUGUCCGAUCAGAAACACCUGAACCUUAUACAAGUCGUAUCAAUCGCGUUGGAAAGACAUCAGCAAAGGCACGUAGUUUGGGGAAUCAAGAGGAAGAAUAUAUGGAUGAUGCUUUGGCUGAAUUAGAAGCAGCUACUCAUUCAUCAUCUGCCAUGGCUUCAACAACAGGAUUCACUAGUUUGAAAAAGGCGUCUAAUGGAUUAGACAGAACCUCAUCCUUGUCUUUUGAAGAUGCUUACUUGAUCAGCAUGGGAGGCGCACCCGUAUAUCGAUCCUCUCCGAAUUCAGCACAGCAACCACCUAUGGACGAUGAUGUAUAUCAAACAAUAGUAGCGGCACCGACUCAUUUACCUCUCCAAGAUAGCGCAUUGAUUCAAUUUGAUUCUGAUGAUGAUACAGGUAGCAACAUCACCUCAUCCAAUUUGACAACUUUGAUGAAUAGUGAUCAACAAGAAGAAAAAACAAAACAAGGGACAAGGGCAUCUUACUCAUCCUUGGAUGGUAGUUUUGAUAUACAAGGACUGGGUAUGAGUGAUGAAAUGACUGGAACUUCACGUGGUGAAAUGGUAUUUUCUCCUGAUGGUGAUAAUGAAAUGGGUGGUCCAAGUGAUUCUAUGAUGUUUGAUGGUUAG